AUGUCUGAUGGGUCUGGAGUCAGCAGCAUAAUUCUACAUUAUCAGCUUAUUGCCCUGCACAACAAUCCUGUAAACUUUGUGCGUAUUGAUCACACAUUUUUUGGUAAAGGUCACACAGAAAUUGAAAAUAUAUAUUCAUUCGAAGCUAGAGAUGAAAAGAAAGUAUGCAGGGGUAAUUUUGAGAACAUGAACAGCACAAUAUUGUUAAACCAACAACAACAACAACAACAACAACAACAACAACAACAACAACUUGAUUUACAAUCAAGUGAUUUACAAUCAAGUGAUUUACAAUCAAGUGAUUUACAAUCAAGUGAUUUACAAUCAAGUGAUUUACAAUCAAGUGAUUUACAAUCAAGUGAUUUACAAUCAAGUGAUUUACAAUCAAGUGAUUUACAAUCAAGUGAUUUACAAUCAAGUGAUUUACAAUCAAGUGAUUUACAAUCAAGUGAUUUACAAUCAAGUGAUUUACAAUCAAGUGAUUUACAAUCAAGUGAUUUACAAUCAAGUGAUUUACAAUCAAGUGAUUUACAAUCAAGUGAUUUACAAUCAAGUGAUUUACAAUCAAGUGAUUUACAAUCAAGUGAUUUACAAUCAAGUGAUUUACAAUCAAGUGAUUUACAAUCAAGUGAUUUACAAUCAAGUGAUUUACAAACACGUGUCAUUAUGGAUAAGAGACCACCAUCAAGAGAAGAUCAGCAAUUCAGAGCUUGUGACCUUACCACAAAUAUGCUAAUGGACAUACUUGCUGAAAUUCCAAGUGAUACUGAGGCGGCUGCUUCGGAUACUGGAAGAGAAUCACGCGAAAUUGAUGAACUUCGACUUCUUUUACCUGAUGAGAGCGUAGUUGAAUUUGAAGAGGAUGUGAAUGAAGGGGUGUGCUGA